CUCAGCCAGACCCUGGAAGUAUAGGAACUGAAAGCAUUUGUCCAGCAAGCUUGACUUGAUUGGCAGCUGCUCUCCAGUUUUUUCCGUGAGACCUGAACAAAACAAGAUGCCUAGGGGAGAGCAUUACCUAGAUGGCAACUUUGGUAGGGGGAAGGGAUAUACUUCUCUUUCUCCAGAAGAGGCUACAGGUAUUGGAAUUCUAAUAGUUCUUCUUGCAGUUUUAUUGAUUCUUGGCUGUUGGUGUUGUAAAAGGCACAGUGGUUAUAAAAGGCUUUUGAGUAAGAAUUUUGGAUUGGCCUCUCUGACCACCUCAGAAGGCAGAAGCUCCCUCAGUGACUCCAAAUUGCCCUUGCGGGAAUACACCAGCAGCUAUAGUCAUGUGGUGCCAGAUGCCCCACCAGCCUAUGAUAAGAGCUCCAGCAGCCUGUUGCCACCACCAUAUGCACCAUAAACAGGAGGAAUUACUUAAGUGCUUGCUUACUUUAAGUAAUUUCUAGGAGCAUCUGGGAGAGAAAACACGAGCUAAUAUGAAUAUUUCAAAAAUACUUGCUUAGAAAAAUGUAACUGUCCUCUUUUGCAUGAAAUGCCUAAGAUGUUGAAGCUGUAGCCUAUGUAUCUUCAUUUUAUAUAUCUUCAUUCAAUAUAAGAUUAACCUUAACAUGCUAUUUCAUUUUUAUAUAUAUAAUAAAUAUUACAAAAAACAAAA